CGCGCGAUCGGUAACCACUUCCCACAGGAGCGAAGUGUCCCUUUUAAUCCCCCGGAUCUUGCCGGUCGUCCAGUCAGUAUAUCACGGGGACCAGAUCGUGAUCGAUCGUGUUAGAGAAAAGAAAAAGAAGAUAGUGAGUUUAAAAUCUUUCAGUUUCACGGCGACCACGGGUGAUACGCUGAUUAUCGUGUCGCCAAAAUUCCCGACGAUAACUUUUCACGCGAUCCCGGUUAUUAAUCAGUUAAUUUGGACCCAAGAAAGACACAUUUGUCGUUUCGAUAAAACCGCAGUAAAUGUCGUAAGAAGUCAGUUAUUGAAUCUGUUAUCUGGUGCUCGCACCUCGUGGGGUGAUACGCAUUCGGUGUAUUUAACGGAUUUGUGUUUAAAAAAAGAAGAAAAGAAAAAAGACGAUGACGCGAGAAGAAAUCUCAUUCAGCAUGAUUAUAUAGUUCAACGCGAUGUAGAAUGCUCGUCGUUUAGCUUCGUGUUUCCUAGUGCAUCUUUGCAUGCCCCGCUCGAUAUUCACCACUCUGAGCAGCUGCUGCGUUCGAGGAAGCGCCGAAGUGUUAAACGGAAAAAGAAACUUCUUUGCAUUGCAUCAUUUUUUUUGUCAACUUCAGAGACAUUAUGUAUAAGAUCCGUGUUUACCCAGGCAGCGACUCCUCGCUGACGCGAGACAGCGGAUCUGAGAGCACGCCGUUACUCUCCUCGGAAUCUCGCACGAGUCCGGAACUGGUGAUAUUCGACGAUUCGGACACAAGCGACUUAGAUCCAAGCCCAGCCAGCUGUUCUUUGAUAUAUGGGAGCAUAGACUCCAGUUACAACACGAUUUUAGCUACACCAAGGAGGCCAAUUUCUUCAACGAAAAAUAGUGAAUUAUUCGUUUCCACAAUGGCAAAUUCACCUUGCACAGUAAGCGAAAAAAAUUACGAGCCAUGCAAUGGAAACUUGACACUAACGAACGAAAAUUCCAACACAAAGAAAGCGCACGAGAUAGAUUUUGUGCCUGGACCUCUACAAUUUCAACCCGAUAUCAUUCAGGCUUCUUGCAAGGAUCUCAAGCCGAAGCAAAGUUCCCUGGUCACUAUAUUUUCAAUUUGGAAUACAAUACUGGGAUCGUCAUUACUGACGAUGCCAUGGGGAAUUACGAUGGCUGGAUUCUUUCCUGGAAUUAUCCUCAAUUUACUGAUGAGCGGUUUAUGCCUGUACACCGCUUAUCGUCUCGUAGUUGCACAUGCAUAUCAUGGUAGUGGAUCAGAUAUAGAAGUUUUAGACUUAUGCCGGAUAUAUCUCGGCAAAUGGGCAGAACAUGUCGCUAGAAUAUUUAGUAUUGCCGUAUUGCUGGGUGCAACUAUAGCUUACUGGAUAUUAAUGGCCAAUUUCCUGUAUAAUAGUGUCAAUUUUAUUUACGAUAGCAUAGCUGGCUGGUCAAUACAUCAUGUAUCUGAGAACAUUUCAUAUAAAGAAGUUUUGUGCCCGAAAGAGUUCCAAGACAAUAAUACCAUUGUAACUUAUGAGAAAACAUAUGAUGUGUUGGGACCAGCAUGGGACUUACGAAACACAGUGCCUAUGUUUUUAGCCUUACUAAUAUUUCCUCUUUUAAAUUUUAACAGUACAACAUUUUUCACAAAGUUUAAUUCUCUCGGAACAGUGUCAGUUAUGUAUUUGAUUAUCUUCGUUGUGAUAAAAUCAGCGUCGUGGGGCAUCAACAUGGACCAAGUCGAAUGGGGAACAAGUUGGGUAAUACGGCCCACGUUUCCUGCAUUUACCGGGCUGUUAGCAAUGUCAUUCUUCAUCCACAAUAUUGUAAUCAACAUAAUGCAAAGUAAUCGCAAUCAAGAAAAGAAUGGAAGGGAUUUAACCAUAGCAUAUGUCCUCGUCACGUUAACUUAUAUCAUCGUUGGAGUAACAUUUUUUAUGUGCUUCCCAUUGCCUAAGUCGUGCAUAGAAGAUAACCUACUAAAUAAUUUUCAAAAAUGGGAUGGUCUUACGAUAGGUGCUCGUAUAGUGCUACUUUUUCAAUUAGUGACUGUCUAUCCUUUACUCGCGUAUGUACUACGUAUUCAGUUACUCUCAUGGAUAUGGAAAAGAGCGUCUAACAGAGGCUUAGUGCUCUCCAUUAAUCUCGUAUUGGUUUCUAUAUGUAUCAUUUUCGCGACGUUUGUACCUUAUAUCGGAACUAUUGUCAGGUAUACUGGCGCUUUAAGCGGACUUAUCUAUGUUUUCACUUUCCCGAAUUUACUGCAUUUAUCCAUUUUGAAGAAAGAAGGAAAGUUAGGUACAUGUUCAAUAUUGUUCCAUUUAGCUAUACCUGUUGUUGGAUUUUCAAAUCUCAUUGCUCAGUUCUUUAUCACAGAUCAUUAAUCAUAUAAUUAAAAUCUUACAGACUGUAUAUAUGCGAUUGCAUUUAUAACACUUGAUAUGCAUUUAUAUAUACAAGGUGAGGUACAUUUAAAACAGUUCACUUGAAUAUUUCGCUUGUUUUUAACAAUAGAAGGAAAAGUGCCAAACAAAAGUUGCAUGGUUUCAAGGGGGACGUAUUUUGGUCAUGUUGUCUUUCUUUUAG